GGGGGAGACCCGGAGAGCGGGGGCCGGAGACUCCGCUUCAGGACUUCCAUGCCGGCUGACUGACGUCCUGCAAGAACCCUCACGACGCCCGGAAUAUUAUGGAGCAGUCGAGCAACCUGUCACGGGCCUGCAAAAGCUGCGCCGUUGCCAAGACAAAGUGCGUUAGCAGACCAGGUAAUGACUGCGAGCGGUGUCAUAGGCUCAAGAGAGCCUGUGUGAGAGACCUUCCGGCGGCGAAGAAGAGGAAGGCACCGACAGCGAAAAACAAACGCCUGGAGCAAAAGCUGGAUCAGCUCGUGAACCUGCUGUCGAACAACCAAGCCUCCUCUCCCACGUCGUCUAGCAAUACAAAUAACUACACAAACAUCACUGAGACUCUCCGCAGCGACCCCGCACCAGCAGUACCGGAUGCUAGCUCCAGUUCCAACUAUCAAUUCCGUCCUUCACCACCUAUCGAAGGCGAGCGAGGAGCAGUGUUUGCGCACCGCCCAGACAAGUCUCCCAGUCAAACAUGCCCUCCAACCGCGAAUUCCGGACCGUCCGACGCGGUCGCAGAACGCUGCUUGCACCAAUUCCAGACAUACAUGGCCCCCUACUUCCCCUUCGUCGUCAUCCCACAGGGCACCACCAUUGCCCAGCUUCGGGCCACCAAGCCCUUCCUCCUCAAUGCCAUUGUCACUGUCGCCUCAUACCAAAACCUGGACCAUCAGCGGAAGCUUGGGGACGGACUGAUGGCAAGCGUGGCGCAUGGCUUGCUUAUGCGCGGCGAAAAGAGCUUGGACAUGCUCCAGGGUUUACUCGUCUGGCUGGCAUGGUAUCACCCCCAUCUCUUCGUGAACCCGAACACGACGAUGAUUCUGCAGCUGAUUGUCGGCUUGGUAAUCGAUCUCGGGCUGAAGAGGUCGUCAAGAGCCUACGGUAGCGAGAGGCUCGAAAGCGCCAUCACGAGGUCUGCGCAUGGAGAGUUGGCAAACUCGGAGCUACGCACGUCAGAGGAACGAAGAGCGCUGCUGGGCGCCUUUUACCUGACUACCAUCGUGGCUCAGUGGGCUAAGCGGUACGAGUCUAUGCGCUUCACUGCUCAACUUGACGAGGUCUGUCGGGAUCUUGAGCAGGCAAAGGAGUACCCUUCUGAUCGUUACCUACUGGAGCUCGUGCGAGUCCAACGCAUUGUUCAGCGCAUCGAGCGCAAAUGCCCCGUCGAUGAUCUGACGCCUGAUACGCCGCUCCCUGUGGCCAUGUUCGUGUGGUCUCUGGAUGGCGAGCUCAAGGCUGCAAGGAAAGCUCUGCCUCCUGACCUCGCCCAGGAUACCACGCUCCUCAUGCACUACACAAACGCCUCAAUCUACCUGUGGGAGCUCAGCCUCAGCUCCCUCCCCGCGACGCACACAUACGGAGACUUCACGUACCGACGUCUCCUAAUGUUCAACACGCUCCUCCAAAGCAGCCAAGCAUUCAUGGCACACUUCCGGGCGCUACCCCCAAGCGACUACUACGACCUCCCCUUCGUGCACUUCUCACAGCUCACCCUCGCCACAAUCGUGCUCUCGAAGCUCUCGCGCCUCGACUUCCCCGGCUGGGACCUCGAGUACGCACGCGCGCGCAUCGCCUUCAGCAGCACCAUGGACGACGCGGCCGCGCGCUACGAGCAAGCCCGCAGCGCCGCGCGCGUCCCCGUGCACGAUAACCCGCUCUUCGCGUUUUUUGCGCGCAAGUUGCGUUUCGUGCGCGCGUGGAACGAGGCCAAGAUCCGCGGCGUCGACGUGCUGCAGCCGCCUAGGAACCCUGCCACGCUCAACGUGGGCGGCCCACCCCCGCCGCCCCCGGCCCCAGACCUGUUGCUCGUCCCGGAUUUCGACCACGAGGACUUGUGGGAUCCCGCGUUUUGGCAGCAGUUUAUGGGCGAGGCGGAUCCGUUUGCUGAGGCGAGGCUUUGGCCCGAUUGUGCGCCGGCUGUGGGUGAGUCUUUUGCUGAGUAGGUAGGUGGUCGUGUAGAUUGUGCAUAUGGGGGAGGGGGGUUGUGCUUGUAUGUACGUUUUAUACUUGAUUAGGAAGAAGUAAAUACCAACGUAUUCGCCACCCCAAGCAGACCACAAAACUAGCUAGCAGCCAGCUACUCUAUCUAACCAUAGUUUAUACGUACGUUCUUCACAUCCACCAAGCCGCAACCGCCGGGUCUGCAUAGCUGCCUUAACCUAACUGUCUCAAAAAAGGCACUUAAACAACACUUAUAGUUGCUGCAUCUGCGCGCUUGACCCGCCCAUCUUCCCUUCCUUCAUCUGUGCUUCGUCGAUCCUUCAACCCGUCCGUCUGUCCGUCGUCCCAUCCGUUCAGUCAACCAGGAAGAAGAAAAAGAAGAAGAAGAAGAAGGUAAAUCUCGUAAAAGCAGCGCGCCCGCUCCAUCCGCCAACAACACGCACGCUAAAACCCCAACCAACCAACC